AUGGCGCGGAAAGAGGGUGAAGAUGAACAGAACCAAGUCCAGCGGAAGCCCCGAGGAACGCGUCCCAGCAUCGAUCGGUUUCCUCUUGGAGUUGGUCGUCCUGAUACCUCCCAUGUAGCCUCUCGGGCUGCCCCAGUCGACCCUCCUUUCCCACUACAGAGCAAACAGCAAAGCAAACAAUGCUCCUCCAUAUUUGAUCUGUUUACGCAACCUCCAGCCUCUCGGGCUGCCCCAGUCGACCCUCCUUUCCCACUACAGAGCAAACAGCAGAAACGCCAACUUACCCCAGAGCUCGAGCCCACAAAGCAAGCGGCCAAACGUGCACGAACCGAAACCCAUGUUCCUCGCAAUCAUGAACGGUUUUGGCUACCAGACGGAAAUUGUAUCCUUGAAUUCGACAGUAUCCGCUUCAGGGUGCAUCAAUCGUGGCUUGCGCAGCAUUCAAAAAACAUUGCAGGUCUGCUCGCCAAGAAAGGUAUUAAACUUGAAGUGAUUACACUUGAACCAAGUGAGUGUCGAUUCAAUCUCAAAGCAGUAGAUUUUGAGGCGCUGCUUUUGCUAUAUGAAAACCCUGGGAAUUACCGCAACACCAUCGAACCUCUCAUUCUGAUGUCCCUCAUUCGCGCGGCGUCAUGGCUUGGUUUUGACUCCGACUUUGAAUGGCUCGUGAAGGAGCUAGAAGCUUUCUGGCCAUCCAACCUUAAAGAACUAUCUGCCAACCCAGUGCCGCGCCGCGAUGCUUCGGAGGUGGUUGCCCUUGCACGAAUGUGCAACAUUGAUGGGCUGUUGAAGCCUGCAUUCUACGAUAUGGCAAGGACACCCGGAUUCGGUCUGAACGAACUCAAGGAACCAGAGCAAAUCAGCCAUGCGGACAUGCUGCGCCUUGUAGUUGUGCGCGAGGAUCCUCAUCUAGUCUGCCAAAACCUCCGUGGUGCACUAUCCGGGAAUGCCAAAGGAACCUCAGGUCUUUCGGAAAAUACUGACAAGAAACCUCCACUCGGCUCUACCUCCCCUGCUAGUGUGGCUAGCAAGUGCCUUUUGGAGACUGUGAGACGCGAGGCGUGGAUUCGGCUCGUGUACGACUCAGAUAUUUUCACCUUGUAUCAGCACGACCCACUGUGCGGACUAGAAGCUUUAAUAAACCUUCAGUGGACGAAUGAGUGGUGCAGAGAUUGUAAGGAUGCAAUGCGGGCUGAUUGGCGUACAGUGCAGAAGAGUAUUUGGGAGAAGAUCGACGAGUAUUUGAAGGAAGAUUGA